UGGAGACGUAGACGGUAGAGUACCAAUAAUUGGAACAAGAUAUUGUGUUCAAGCACUUGGGUUGCCCAUCAAGACACCUUGGCGUUCGUGGUACCAUCAUAAUCAGGUAUUCAACCUUCUUAUCUCUCUUUUCGUACACUUCAUUUCUUUUUAUUUUAAGCUCCAACAUUAUUAAAUCGUCUUUUAACACUUGGGACUUGGGAGUGUUUUCCAUAUACUCCCUCCGUGCUUUUUUGUUUUUUCUAUUUACUUUUUGCACAUUUUUUAAAGUAACUUUUGUGCUCCAAUAUCUCUAAAUACGGAUUGUAAAAAAUUAUAAAAAAUAUAUGAUGAAAAAGUAUACAUUAAGAUGAAUUUAACGAGA